UUUACAACGUCGCUAGCUGGUGACCUGUUUAACAUUUAACGCUACUCUCUAGGUCAUUUGUCCCACACAAACUCUGGCUAUCUGUAUACUAGACUCAAUCCCAGGAUAUUUUUCCAUUGGAUCGCUUUUUAAAGUUCAAUCAGAUUUGACCAAUUCACAAUAUAAUGCAUUAUGCAUUAUACAAAUUUCCUUUACUUCGUAACUUGAACUUGGGUCGCGUAAAAUACCAAAAUUCCUAUUCACCUUUUGGUAAUAUACAACCUUUUGUUUGUGAAUCAACUCAGCCUACAUCUUUAAAUGAUAUGACAUUUGUACCUGGACCAGAAAAGCCUAGUACAUGGUGGCCUCAUCAACCGUUAAUUCCUGGACGUCGUGUAGUAAAAUUAUAUCCUGUUCGUUUUCGAAAUAAACUUCGUAUUGCACUAGUCAGAGAAGGAUGUUCUAAUAGACCUUUCUUUACCAUACAGAUUAAAUCUAACUUAGCUGAAUCGAAAAAGAAUGGUAUUGAACAAGUCGGUUCAUGGGAUCCAUUGCCUAAUAUUCAUGGAGAACAGUUGAUUGCAUUAAAUUUUGAACGUAUCUCCUACUGGAUUGGUAUGGGAGCUGAACCAACUGUUCGUGUAGCUGAAUUAUUAGGAUUAUGUGGAUUUUUACCAAUACAUCCAAGAUCUUAUUUAAUGGCACAUAGAGCUCGUAUUGCAAUGAUGAAAUAUUUAGAGAGACAAAAACAAAAACAGAAUGAACAGGUUACUGAUGAAAUCACAUUGAAAAGUGCCGAAACAGACGGAGGUGAAAACACAGUGGAUAAUCAAAAAGAUGACACUAAAGAAGUGGAUGUCGAUUUACGUGUUGAUUGCAUAUGGCGUAGAGGAAAUGAACCACCACACUGGUGGUAUUAUGGUUUACGCUAAAAAACGGUUGGUACCGAUAAAUUCUGAACCUGUGAAUUAGAUGUUCUCUUUUGAGAGCAGUAAUUUCCUGGAAAUGUAAAUAAAUAUCUUCUUCUCCUUCAAAUCAAUUUGUUUGUGUUUUCUCUAUGUUGUUCUGUUACAAUGUCACCAUCAACUUACAAUUAUAAAAUAUGAUUGUGUUUAAUUGUAUCAGUAAUGAAGUGAACGCUGGCAUGCAUUUGUUGAUUAUAUCACAAACAGUUUUGCUAGACAACCUUCGAAAAUCCAAUAACAUUGAAUAGCCAUUUCAUUCUGUAGUGGAAAUCUUCAGCCAUGAGUAUCCAUCCAUAGACCUCCCCCCUAUCCAGCGAUUCAACUAGGGAUUAUCAGUCUAUUCCAUGGGUUUUAAAAUCAGUCCACAAGGUAAAACACAAAUUGGAUACUGUCUUGUAUCAUGGUAUUGUUUUAUACAUUCCUGUUAUAAAAA